AGGGGAAGAGAGUGUCUGCUUUUAAAAAGCAUCUAUUUGGUGUCAGUUAGCUUUCUCUGUGUUUAACAUGAUGUCUUCCAUGUCUUUGGUUCAGAAAAUCGAAAGCAUGAGGGAAAAGCUUUGUUUGGAUAUGCAUAGGUAUAGCUGAGAGCCUGAAAGAAAGAACAGUAACACACGGAAGGAGAAGAGAGAGAGAGAGAGAGAGAGAGAUGGGUUUAAGCUAGAACAUGGUGUUUCACUGUUCAUUCUUCUGACUCACUUUUUUCUGCAUCUCAGACCAAAAAUUUUGUGAUUAGACAUCUAUUCUAGAUGCUACAUGGAUUUUUCAGACUCUACAAAAAUUGUGUUCAACAGAAUCAGGAAACUGGAACCAGAGCAAGUAACAAAGAUUAUUGGGUAUCUUCUUUUGCAAGAUCAUGGUGACCAAGAAAUGGUUCAGUUGGCUAUGAGUCCUGAUUAUGUUAUACAGGAAGUUAUAUACAAAGCCAAAGCUGAGCUUCAGCAAUUGCCCCUUAAAUCAGCUUCAGCUCCGAUUUCGCCUUCUAUGAACUCGCCACCAGUUAAUGAUGGCCCGGCUCAUUACACUCCUUUUUCGCUGGCUUCGUCCAGGCCUGCAAUGUCACUACCAGCAAAUUUUAGAGUCCCAUCCUAUUGGGAGAACCAUGUUGCUGCCAAGCAUAAUUCGGAUUUUGUGCCAUUAGGCUAUUCGGAUUCCAUCAAUGAACUCCAAAAUCAAGCACAGUUUUUGAGUUUAGAGGACCAAAUGGAGCACGUUAACUUGGGGAACGCAGGAUCUGCAAAUGAUUAUUAUUACUCAGAUGCUGUCCUGAGUAAUCUAGGUGCAAGAAGUCGACGGUAUACAUCCCUGACUGAAAUUCCUGUAAAGACUUGUCACUAUUACAACAAAGGGUUCUGUAAGCAUGGAAGUAAUUGUAGGUACUAUCACGGACAAGUCGCAGAGAACUACUCUCAGCUCUUUGGGCAUAAUUCAAUGGAUGGUUUUAAUGAAGACCAUGUUGUAUCACCGGGGUCAUUGGAGAAAUUGGAGAUGGAAAUCAUUGAAUUAUUGAAAUCAAAAAGAGGGAAUCCUAUUUCAAUUGCGUCCUUGCCGAUGAUAUAUUAUGAGAAAUAUGGAAGAGUUCUUCAGGCAGACGGUUAUCUCACCGAGAGCCAGAGACAUGGCAAAGCUGGCUACAGUCUGACCAAGCUUCUAGCUAGAUUGAAAAACAGCAUUCGAUUGAUUGACAGGCCUCAUGGACAGCAUGCUGUGGUUUUGGCUGAGGAUGCACCAAAAUACUCGGAAAGUCGGAAUGAAAGGAGUGACCCUGGUCCAAUUGUUAGCGGAUCACGUCAGAUUUAUCUAACAUUUCCAGCCGAGAGUACUUUUACAGAAGAUGAUGUUUGCAAAUACUUCAGCACCUAUGGGCAGGUUGAAGAUGUCAGAAUUCCUUGCCAACAGAAAAGGAUGUUUGGAUUUGUAACCUUUGCUAGUGCAGAUACUGUGAAACUGAUAUUAGCAAAGGGAAAUCCACAUUAUGUUUGUGGUGCACGUGUUCUUGUGAAACCUUACCGGGAGAAAUCGAAGCUUGCUGAUAGAAAAUAUCAAGAGAGAAUGGAGCCUUCAAUGUAUUUUUCUUCUCCAUAUAUAGAUAUGGACUCUGAGUUUCAGUCAUAUUCACGAGGAUGUGAGACCUCAAGAUUUCUCAGGCAGCAGCUUAUGGAUGAGCGUGAGCAGGCUCUUGAAUUAGAGAGGAGGCAUCUUGCGGAGCUUCAAUUAGUGCAAAAACCUCUUGCUAGUCAGCCUUACUUUGGCUACACUAUGGAUGGCUUGAAAGUUUCAUCAGAUCCUCUGAAUUUUCCAUCAGCAGAGCGUUUCAGUUAUCUGCUGGAUGUUUUGAACAAUGGUUCUGCCACUGAUGGUGUCAAACAUGCAGAGACUGACCAAGAGAGCAGUGACAGUCUAAAUCUUCCUGAUAGCCCAUUUGCUUCGCCUAUAGCUAGUGGCAUUUCCACCGUCAUAUAGGCUCACCAACACACAGAAGAACAACACUAUAGAGUUAAUGGCACAAAGGCGCAAUAUCUACGGUUUGAUGGCAACUCUUUUCUUUUUCUUUCGAUCAACUCGUUUCUCAUUGAAGUUCUCCUCAAGUACAUACUUGCUCAAGAAAAACACUGGAGAAUCUAUCUCUGUUGAAAGAAGUAGCAAAGAUGAACAUGAUACGUAGAUUCACAAGGUUGGUUUUACAGCUUUUUCUUUUUCUAGUUCAAUCAUAAUCACACAAAGAAGGCUAUGGAUGACUUAGAAGAUAUAGUCUUUUAGUGAAACAUUAAAAAAGGGUAUAAACAGUGUUCAGAGAGCUUGAUAUAUGCUUAAGAUCUCUGCUAACACUCAGAAAUAGAUGGAAAUAACUAUUAACAAAAGGGUUAGUAGCAGCAGCAGAAGCUUAUAACAGUUUAUGAAUUUUGGUUGCUAGUUUUGUAAAUUUUCGCCUGAUAUAGUGGAAACUUUUCCUAGUCGCCAUGCUUCGUAAUGUCUCUUCUUUGUACUUUAAGUCCUUUCCUUUUCGUUUACGUGAUUAACUGUACAUGAAGUUACUGAAUAUUUCUAUAUACAGGCAUGUUUACUUUC